AGAAGAGAAAGAGUACCCACAACACAAAGCUCUCUCUUUCUCCGCUCUGAAUCUCUCUCUCUCUCUCUAGUUCGUCUUCUGUGAUUUUACCUUCUUCGAAAUCAUUCGCUGCUCAGAGAUUAGGUUUUUGUGAAUGGUGGAAAUCUUAAGGAGUACCAAUUUGAUGCGCUCGCUUUACCAAUCGCGAGCGAGCGCGCUUCUCCCUUUCUCCGCCGCUUCUGCUUUCGCUUUCGGCUCCUGCAAGGAAGGCUGGUACUACCGCUGCCUCGGUCUCGACCCCUGAGCCACCUUCGCCCACUUCGAUUCCCUUUUUCUUUUCUUACACUUUUAUCUUUUUCCCUCUCUUUCUCUCUUCUUUGGGUUUUGGUUUCGUCGCCGAUUGUUUUUUCGGUGGAUUCCGGUCGAUCAUUCUAGGGAUUUGGAUUUUUUUUAUUUUUGGGGAUUUUUUUUUGGAAAAAAAAACAAAAAAUUGUGUGAGUGAGUGAUUAUUCACGAUGUUGCACUACAAGCAGAAGAAGAACCAGACUAGCAAGGGCAACCGGCUCUUGAUCAGCGUCACCGUGCUUGGUAGCGCCGGACCUCUUCGGUUCGUCGUUAACGAGGAAGAACUCGUCACUGCCGUCAUCGACACCGCCUUGAAAUCCUACGCCCGCGAAGGCCGUCUUCCGAUUCUUGGCUCCGAUCUUAAUGACUUCCUUCUCUACUGUCCCAAUGCUGGAACUGAUGCUCUGGGUCCUCUGGACACAAUUGGGUCGCAAGGAACUCGUAACUUCAUGCUGUGUAAGAAGCCACAGCCGGUGAAGAGGUCGGAGGAGAACGAUAUGCUUAGUGUCAAGGAAAGUGUUCCUUCUGCUGCUCGCAAAGGAAACGGUACUUGGAAGUCAUGGCUCAAUAAAUCCCUUAACUUGAAGAUUUCUUCUCAUUGAAUCAAACCAAUUGAGAAACUUUAUGUCAAUUUCGAUUUGUCAGUUCUUUUUUCCUUUUUCUUUUUGGGUAUUUGGUCAAAUUGUUGUUCUUAUUUGAUUUUCAUGAUAAUGAUGAUCAAUAUGUUAUUUUGAUUUCUUAUUUCUUUGCCAAUUGUGUUUAGUUGGUUUUUUUGAAACUGGAUGUAAUUUCUUUAAAGAAUAAAAGUGAUCAAGUUCUUCAUA